CAGACCUUCAUUUUUGUCAUCCUUCUCUUCAACGGUUGACAGCGCUUCACUGCUCAAAAGGUUGACAGCGUGACGGAUUUACAAUAAUGUAAGAUUCUUUCCAACUCCCUUUCAUUUUCACUAUCAAAUUCAAUCACCGCACUUCCUGGAGCUUCUCUUCCUGUCUUACCUAGUUUUGCGCCAUACACUAUUUGCUUUGAAUGUGAAGAAACCCAGAGCCCCGCUUCUUCUUAACAACCUUUGUACUUCCAUGGAUUCUCGUGUAAAUAUCAUGUCUUUCUUCAUAUUUUAAUCCUGACAGAUUUUUGGGUUUUUGGGGCAUGAGUAUUUGAUGCUCCAAUCUAUUUCUUUCCACCCAUUGAAUUAUCUAUCUGUUCUGAGGAGAAAUAUGGCUGCUUAGUUUGAAUCCCACUGAAAUUCUUGCUCUUUACAUAAAGGAUGCUUGAUGGAGGGAUGGCUAUGCCCUUUUAUGCACUGAAUUGCCCCGCACCUGUUCGACGAAAUGCUAACGAAAGCAUUACUCGCUUUAGAAGGAGAUUAAACCCGUAUUCAUCUCUACAGAUUUUCUCUGUUGUUCAAACGGAUGAGAAUGAUAACUUACCAGUGUCCAAGAAGAUAUCAACUCCAGGAAAGUCUGUGUCAAAAGGUCGAGCUCCUAAGCCGCUUCUUGUCCAGCCAAAUACCGUGGGUGUCAUAGGAGGAGUAUCGGUUAUUUCUACUCUACUUUUCUUGGAAAAGCUCGUGUGGUGGAGCUUGAAGGAUGGACAACAGAGCAUACCAUUUGUUGUCUGCAGCGAUCCAGCAUUAGGCAAAGGGAUCCCCCCUCUCACUUCAUUGACUACAUUCCCCGCAAAUUCUUCUCAACAUGCUCAGACUGAUGCUCCCAUCAUCGAGAUUUUGAAGCAAAAAUGCGUGUUUCUCGAGCAAUCUGGAGCUCGGUGCCUAAUUACACCUUGCCAUCUUUCACAUAGGUGGCUUAGUGACACAAGUUGUAAAUUACCUUUCCUUCAUGUGGGAGAUUGUGUUGCUAUGGAGCUUAAAGAGGCUAAGCUUAAGCCACUUGAAGCAGGGAGCAGUGUCCGGAUUGGGCUGCUUGCGACUGAUGCAGCUAUAGUGACUGGUUUUUACCGUGAGAGACUACAAAAUCAGGGCUUUGAGGUUGUCUUGCCAGACGAAGCAACCAUAAAGCAUAUUUUAGUUCCUGCAGUUGAAGCUUUGAACAAAAGGGAUCAGGAAGGAGCAAGAAAUCUGUUGAGGAUUGCUGUUCAUAUUCUUUUGAUAAGGGCUGUGAAUAUAGUAAUACUUGCUUCUGAUGAAUUGCUUAAUCUUCUUCCUCCAGAUGAUCCUAUUCUGAAGAAAUGUAUUGACCCCAUGGAUGCGUUGGCCAGAGCAGCCAUUAAAUGGUCUAGAUCUACAGGAAACUUACAUGAGAAAGCUUAGCCUUUUCUCUCUUGUUCAGAAGCUGCAUCAUUUAUGUAUUCUUAGAUAAGAAAAUUGGAGCUAUCAAUGGCUCAAAACUAGAAGCUCUACUUUUUCCCUUUGGUAGAAACUAGUAUGUGAAGAAUAUCCACCUGCUGCAUUGUAUUUUCAGACAAUGAAACAAGAAGAAUUACAAGGAUUCUGCCUCAAAG